AUGUUUUCACUCAAGAAGCCUACAGCGCGGCGAGACGCACUCGCCGAGUCGCUAGUCACGUCAUUCACAGAUCCCAAAACGAAUGAUGUCCUGUUCCUCAGUGACAAGGACAAGUUCCAAGUGGUGACGGGCGGCACGGAUCUGGACGAUGCGGGUCUGCAGGUCCGCCUGCCAGCCAAGGUCGUCAUCGCCGACUACGACAGCACUGAGAAGUUCAACGACCUGGCACUGAUCAAGACAGUCGAGCCGCUACGGCCGUCAACUCGCUUGUCGGGCGAGUUCAUGCAGCUGGCGAAGGGGAGGCCGUCUGACGGCACCGCCUGCUUGGUGCUGGGCUGGGGUACCACUCGGUCGGGCGGCAGCACGGUGCGACGCCUGCAGAUGGCGCUGGUCACCACCCAGUCCCGGGACCGAUGUGCGGAGGCGUACAGAGCGCAGCACUACAACAUUUACGACACGAUGCUGUGCGCGGGCGGCGGCGCGCGGGACGCCUGCCAGGGCGACAGCGACGUCAGUAGCAUGCUUCAGUGGAUCCACAGCAACAUGGAGUGA